CCACUUCGGGAAGGAGAGUCACUUCCGCCCAAACCGCGCUGAGGCCACGCCCCCGCGGCGGGCUCCUGACACCCGGCCACUCGGGAUUGUUGCGUCUGCCCCCCAAACCUGGGAAGGUGUCGCUUGGCGGACUCUCAGGUUCCCGCGGGUCUCCGGGAAGAUGACGGUGUCCCGCGCGCCAUACGUCGCCCGUUGCUUUCACCCCGAAAAGCGCUUUUCUUGGCGCCUGGUCGGGGUCCUUCUGGUGGCCCCAUUGCUCCUGCUCUCUCUGAACUCCGAUGCCUGUGGUGAUCCACCAAAAUAUGAAACUAUGUUCCUCAAGAGUGCCCUUAAAAAAUAUUAUGAAGUUGGGGAAGAUAUAUUGUAUGAAUGUCUCCCAGGAUACAUAGCUAUGAGCUCUGUCGUGACUUACUGUGAGCAAAAUCACUCAUGGUAUCCUAUUGAAGAAGCUUGUUACAGGAAAGAAUGUAAAACUCCACUACUCAAAAAUGGCGAAGUCUAUGCCCCAAAUAACUCCUUUCAAUUUGAAAAUGCAGCUCACUUUUUUUGUAAUGAGGGUUAUUACUUAUCUGGAAAACAAGCUGUAGUUUGUCACCGUCGUGGAGAUGAUGUGUAUUGGGGUGACGAAUUACCAACAUGUAAUAAGAUUUACUGUAACCCACCUAAAAGAAUAAAAAAUGGAAAAUACAGCAAUAGUCACAGAACUCUAUUUGAAUAUAAUGAAUUGAUUACUUUUACUUGUAAUCCUUCAAAUGGACCAGAUGAAUUUUCCCUUGUUGGAGACAGCAAACUUAUUUGUAUUGACAAUAACAAGUGGAGUAGUAGCCCUCCUCAGUGUAAAGUGGUCAAAUGUGAAUAUCCAGUACUUGAACAUGGAAGAAUGGUGUCAGGAAUCAAAAACAAAUAUUCCUACCAAGCUACGGUUCUAUUUGAAUGCUUCCCAGGCUUCUAUCUGAAUGGCAGCAACCCAGUGUUCUGUGGUGGGAGUAGUACUUGGGAGCCUGCAAUGCCAAAAUGUAUCAGAGGUUUCAAACCUACUUAUCCAACCAAACCUCCAGUUUCAAAGUACCCAGGCUAUCCCGAGCCCAGUGACCGACUAACACUUGAAGACUUUGAGGAAUUAGAUGCAGGCAUCAUCGCUGUGAUUGUUCUUACUCUUCUUGUUGGCCUUGCCGUACUUUGCACCUGCCUGUAUAGAUGUUUUCAAAGGGGAGAGAAAGGGGUUUCAGUAAAACUGAUGGGAUUAAACUUAACAUUACUGAGGGGUAGCUUGGGAAAUAGCUCUAACAUCAAACCUAAUCAUUUUAGGGAUGCCUGGGUGGCUCAGUCAUUGUUUGCCUUCAGCUCAGGUCAUGAUCUCAGACUCUCUGCUCAGCAAUGAGUCUGCUUCUCCUUCUCCCUCUGCCUGCUGAUGACCCUGCUUGUGUUCUCUCACUCUCCCUCUCUGACAAAUUAAAUAAAUAAAAUCUUAAAAAAAAAAAACCACUAAUAAUUUUAAGGCUCUUGGUAUUCAUGGUUUUAUGAUAUAUUUUGCCUUUUGAUUAAUCAUCUGGUUUAGGCUAUAUAAAAAAGCAUAUUCUUUAGGGCCGUCUGGGUGGCUCAGUGGGUUAAAUCCUCU